AUGCUUCGGUCCGAAAAGGCUGACCAGAGUUUUCCAGCCCUUGCGACUGUUGUUGAGGUGGAUGAACCGACUGAAGAAAUUACCAAGGUCAUCAAAGAGUCUGAUGAAGAAGAUAUUGAUCCAGACAAUGCAGCGGCUGGUUCACCCAAGGCUGAUGACAAUGAAAACAAUGAUGACAAUAGCAGCCGUGGGAUCGGGCUCACUUUGAAAAAGCCUCCUCAACACCGCCCUCGCCCCCCUAAGAACAAUUUCAGUAGCCCCGCAAGCGCCUUCAACACCCUUGCUACCGGGCUCGGCAGGAUCACUCAGGGCAAGAUUGGCAUCAGCCCCGACCGCAGCUUUGACUACGCCCCCCCCCCCCCCCCUGAAUCCUUCACUUUGAUCCCCUGUAGACCGAGCUUGACCACUCAGAAUAGUGGCGACGGAAGCAGUGCUGCGAGCCAUUAUGGUGGCGCAAGCUCCACCUCGAUCUCCUACGACCUUUCAGGAUGGUGUGCGGCCGUAUUGAGCGUGCUUUGCCUGCCCGAGCCGGCCGGAAACAACUCAACGACAAGUCGGAAUGAGACAGCAACCGAGGAAGCCGGAGGGCUCAUUGGCAGAGACAAACGGAAGCCUGCCCCAGCAGUUCGAGACAUUCGCGCUUCGGUCCGCGCCAGCAGCUACUGGCAACCUGGUCCAUGA